AUGGUACUCUGGUUUGGUGAGAAGGAUGUCCUGCUAAAGGCAGGUGCUCACUUUGUUCUGCUUGUAGCAUUUAGACCUGAUUGUGGAUCGAGGAACGUUGUUAUACAAGACGACGACUCCGGAGAGGAGUAUGAAGUGGUUGGACGUUUUCCAUUAGUUGGCCCUUGGUGGAGAGUUAAUGUUAAAGCUAAAAAAACAGGGUUGAAGUACUUUGUGCAAGGAUAUCCAUCAUAUUUUCUGCGGACUGAUAUAGAAGAAAACAACCGUCAAGUCUUUUCACUCUUUCUUAAGGAAUGUGAUGUUCCUGAGGAUUUUAAAGACAAGUUUUUUACUUGGCUUCCUAAAGAGUCUAUGCUGAGUUUUAGAAAUCUUGAAGAAAAACUAAAACAGUUCCAAGUUUCAUACAUAAAGACAGGGAAGAAACAAAGAGGCACUCGGGCUUAUGACAUCAUCUCCUAUGUUUCAAAAUCAUUUGCAGGAAAGGCGGUAUGGGUAGCUCUGACUUUUCCAAUGUUAUUGGAGUGCUUGCCGAUUCUUCUGCCACGCCAUUUUUGCAGUCUGUUGGAUAUGGCGUGUGGGCAAAGAAAGACUGAAGAAAACAAUGGUAUGGAUGGUGAGAAAAUAUAUUUUCAAGACAAGAUACUAACAAAAUUGGAUGAGAUAUUAAAGAAUGAGCCAUGGAAACUUGGAUUCAGCAGGAUUACCUAUAGAGAACUGAACCUUUCUUACUGUGAGGCAACAUGGGCCGCCUUCUGUCAGUGCAAACAGCUCCUCCGGAAGAUUCCUGACUUGCAGAAGAAUGCAUUAAUUCUGUAUGAUCAACUCAAGAAACAUUGUAGAGAAAUGGGACACACUUAUGAAGAUCAAGAUGAAUUAGCUCGACUUGUAUCAAAAGAUAUGUCCAUUGAGAAUGUUUGGCAAUCUCUUGAAUUUUUGAAAGAUCAGAAGGUAGUGAUUAGGGAGAAAAAACGAGUGUUUCUGCCUCAUCUUUACAAAUCUGAAAAAGACAUUGCAAUGUAUGUAGGUGGCCUUCUGUCAGACUGCUCAUGGAAACUGGAUGUUGAUGUGAGAAAGAUACUUAAUGCUUUUGAGACACCAAGAGAAAUGGUAGAUAACAAAAUGAAUGUUACCCAGGCUUGUGAAAUGGAACAUCUGAAGAAAAAUAAUCCAGACAGUCAUAACUGUGAAAAUCACUUUCCUGAAAACAAAGUGGGGUCUACGUCUGGUACCCAGAGUAAAGCAGAGGUAGACUUAGAUCAAGUGACUGCUAUGGAAAAGAUUUGUUCUAAUCCUGUCACAAUCAUAAGUGGAAAAGGAGGCUGUGGGAAGAGUACAAUAGUUAGCUGCCUUUUUCGUCACUUAAAGCAGAUUGAAAAAGAAGUGGAAGCUGCUUCUAAGGACUUUGAAGAAGACCUGGAUGCAUCUGAGGAAUGGAAUACCUUUGAUCAUCAUUGGGAAUCGGAGAAUAUGUACACAAAAAAACUUGUGAAUGUACUAUUUACUGCACCUACAGGGAGGGCGGCAAGCCUUUUAAGUGAAAAAACUAAGCUUCCUGCAUAUACACUGCAUCAGAUCAUCUAUAGUUUUAAAUCAUGGAGGCAGAGUGAACAAGCACAGCCAUGGAGGUUUUCUUCUGUGACAAUUCUUGUUGUGGAUGAAGGAAGUUUGGUGUCUGUACACAUUCUUAGUUUAGUUUUAAAACUCUUGUGUGAGCAUGCUCAGCUUGCCAAACUUAUUAUUCUAGGUGAUACUAGACAGCUGCCAAGCAUAGACCCAGGAAACAUGUUAGCUGAUAUCUUUGAGGGUCUAAAAUCAAGAGGCUUUUCUGUGGAACUGCAAACCAAUCACAGAGCUGAGUCGCAACUAAUUGUAGAUAAUGCAUCAAGAAUCUCUUACAGGAAGUUUCCUGAAUUUGAUGAGGUGCUGAAAGUUUCUGGUUGGAAUGAGGAAAUGACAAUGCCAAGCUCAGAGAAGAAAUUUAUUCUGAUUGCUUUGCCUGCUGGUGGGAGUUGUGGUGAUUUGCAAACUGCAAUAAAGACUUUGCUUAAAAAAGGACCAGGACUACAGGAUGCCAAACAAUCGCAGUUCAUUGCUUUCAGAAGGCAAGAUUGUGAUCUAAUAAAUGAACUUUGUUGCCAACACUAUUCAAAUCAUGUAACCAGGGACCAUAGAAACCGACGUCUAUUUCAAAUUGAUGACAAGAUUUCCUGCACGCGGAAUAUAUACCUCAAGGAUCUCUUGCCAGACUCUGGUUUUGGAAAGGAUCCUAAUCGUCAUGAAUGCAAAAGUGGAGAGACCAGCCUCACUACAGAGACUGCUGAGGAGGGCAAACGACUAUGCAAUGGAGAUAUAUUUUUCAUAACAGGGGAUGUAGAAAUUGAUAAGCAGCGCUUACUGACCAUCAGCAGCACAUACGGCUCCACUUUCACUGUGAAAUACAAGGCAUUGAAAAAGCUGUGUCACAUAAAACAUGCAUGGGCCAGAACGAUUCACACAUUUCAGGGUUCUGAGGAAAAAACUGUUGUCUACGUGGUUGGUACUCCUGGCCGUCAGCACUGGCAGCAUGUGUACACAGCUGUGACCAGAGGACGCUGCCGUGUCUACGUUAUAGCUGAAGAGCUGCACCUCAGGAGAGCAGUCACUAACAAGAAUCUGCCCAGAAAAACUCGCUUACAGAGAUUUUUGAGAGAGGCAAUUGCAGAAACAAGCAACUGUCCCAAACAAACUUCCUCUCCUCUGACAAAGAGCUGGCGAAGUCAUGAGCUUGAGACUCAGCCUGUUUCUGUAACAAAAGGUGCUCCUGACCCAUCUGAACCUCCAGCUGACUCGAUUAAACACGAAGGGUCAGCAGUUUGCAAUGAAGACGAGCCAUUGGGCAGUCUGCAGCAAAAUCUAUGUAAAAGACAAGCUUCUGCUGAGAAUUCUGAGGAUGCCCUGAAAGUACCCCCUACAACAGUGCAAGAUUCCCCACUUGGGUGUACCAGACUUAAGAAUCUAACUUUGGGACAACCAACUCCUAGGAAGCUUUUCAAAAGCUAACAAACUACCUGUCCUCACUCCGUAUGCAGAUGCUUUUCAAAGGCUUUCCUGUAUUUGCACAUUCUAUGAAGAACAGCUUGUUUUGAACUGAGCCUUUGGUACUUUCAGCAAUCUGGUUUUAGUAGGAGAUUCCUUGCUGUGUCAGUCAUCAAAAAGCACAUCAUUCUUUUGUUUUGGUGAAGAAUGAACUCUCAGGUCUUACAUGAUCCGUAUGUUUAGGUUUAAAGACUGUAGCCAUCCAUACCAAGAUUUAUCCAUCUCCUUAUGCUAUGGAAUUGAUGAGAAGCCAUUGCUGAUGUGGCAGAAUUAUGGGCAUGAAGCUUUGAUGGGUUAUGGAUUUUAAUUUUGUUACAAAUAGAACAAGGAUGUUGUAAUCAAUGACAUAGAGAGUUUUUCCCACUUUGUACUUGAAAGAGAUGUAGAACUUGUUAGUGCUGCUUUAGCUAAUGGUUAUAUGCUGGUAAUGAUCUUGGUAAGAAAGCAAAGCAUAAUUCUAAGAGUUCAAAUAACAUUCCACUUUCAACCUUUUUUUGUGUAUUAUGUGACUUGCUGCAUUGUAAUUUUUGAGAUAAGCUGAAUGUUUAAUCAAACAUCAGAUAUACUGCACUAAAAUUUAGACAGCUUGCUUUUAACUUUUUUUUUUUUUUUUUUACACAUACAGCAGGAAAAAGUGUACCAAAUAUAAACAUUGUGUAUUUUGCUAAAACUGUGG